GAUCGCUAAAUGACUGAACCGUUUGAAUAACGAUCAUUCGUUGUUACUCUAUUACUCCUGUGCUACUAGCACUCAAAGAAAUUAUAUCAAUUAUCCAAUUAUCAGUCUAGUCAUUCCGUAAAUUAAUCCGAAGGAAAGUGUCGAUUAUAGGAAUGCAUUGAGGUUUUCAUUUUCACAGAAAUCAACAGCGAAUGAAUUACGAUGAAGUAUUUUUUAAUAUUGUUACUUGCUGUGUUAGAAGUUGUGGCUAAUGGUCCUUGGAAUGUUUCAUUGAGGUGUCCAUCAGUUUCACUGAAGAAUGGUAGAGUGCAGAUAAGAAAACGCGGAAAAACGAUUAGAUUCAAGUGUUUGGAGGGUUUUACUCUCGUUGGAGAUAGAUAUUCGUAUUGUAUCCAGGGUAAAUGGGAUACCGCACUACCGAUUUGCGUCAAUGCUGGAUGUCCAAAGCUGCCAUCCCCGAAUCAUGCGUUCGUCGCAAAUAAAUACAAUGGAGCAAUACUCAUAUAUUUUUGUGAACCUGGAUACAUCCUCGUUGGUAGCUCUGAAAUUUAUUGCAAUGGAAAGCAAUGGAAUGGGACAGCCCCUUUCUGCAGAGAUACAACUCUCACUGCGCCAACAAAAUGUGAUUUUGAGACACCAGACUUGUGCUGGUGGACACAAGAUCCUAAACACGACUUUGAUUGGACGAGACACAAUUUUCAGACCCCAAGUUGGCACAUUGGAACCGGUCCCACCCACGAUCAUACCCUGGGGCCCGGAAAUGAUGGAUAUUAUCUCUACAUCGAAGCGUCUGGUCGACUUAUUAAUGAUACAGCUAGAAUUAUGUCGCCACUGUACAACGCCUCAUUAACAGAUUCAGGAUGUUUUUCAUUCUGGUACCACAUGUACGGUGCUACAAUCGGUACUUUACGGAUUUACAUAAAAUUUGAGUCAAAUCCGGAUAAUCCUCAAGUGAUGUUUGAAAGAAAUCGGAAUCAAGGAAAUCACUGGCUCCACGGAAUAUUUAAUCUUCCGAAAUCCCACGACAACUUUCAAAUUAUUAUUGAAGGUGUACGAGGUACUAGCUACGUGAGUGAUCUAGCAAUAGACGAUAUUGCUAUUCUUCAAGGUGAAGAGUGCUUGAAUGCUGAAAAAACCACUGAUGAAGUAACAGUUACAUCUGUAACAGCGGAAGAUGAUCAAAUUGAGAUAAUCAACGCACAACAAAGUUGCCAAGGAAGAUGUGGAGGGAAUACCACGGGUACUUGGACCACUAUAAUACCAUCGACAUCACCGGAUGCAUGCCACUGUUCCUUCGACUGUGCUGAUAACUCCACAUGCUGUCCCGACUUCGCUGAAUACUGCAUUCUCGCUACGACCGAUGAUCCGAAUAAUUCCUCAGACAGCAAAGACGAAUUCUCGAUUCAAUACAAUAACGUUUCCACAUCAGUUGAGCCCAAGGAUGAGCUCGAGCCCUACACCACGAAAUCAACAAAAUCGAUCAGUUCUGUCACAAAUAAAAUUACAAUACAUCACGAGACACCUUUUGCCACCACGAGAACAAGUUCUUUGGCGCCGACAACGGAAACGCAUUUGGUGAUGGAGCACGUGAUGGAGCACGUGCAAUCAGUUGCGACUCUGAGUCUCUCUGAACUCUUAAGCAUAAUUAUUGGUGUCGUGGUCCUGGGUACAAUUGUUAUUGUCAUUGUCUUCAUUAUGAGACGACGAAAAUCGUACGUAAGUGGUAGAAAAUGUAGCAAAGGGUCUGGAUUAUCCGAGGAUAGUGAUGUCCGAUUCUUGACAUCCGACGAAAUUCUGGAUUUUAAUCUAGCACGACCAGUUGAAAGCGACGAGCCUUGACCUAUUCCCUCUCUAUCACACCAAAGAGAGAAUUUCAAUUCCAUAUGUUUAAAAAAUAACCUGAAAAAUAUUCAUAUAAUAAUUAGGGAAAAUAACGGUAACACCUGUUCUUGGAUUUAUUUAUUUGUUAUUCUCUUGCUCAUUUGUUCAUUAUUCACAUUCACUGAGACUCUACUCAUAGCAAUUCAAAUUAUUUCAGAAUAUUGCAAGUUAAAUUCAACCGCAGAUGAAAUUCUAGUGAAUUCAGUCUUAAAUAAGAAAUACAACAAUAUGAAUGAUAAUUAUAAUAAAUAAGCAUUGACGGUAAUAAUACGCGAUGCAAAUGUAA